ACAAAUUAAACUCUGGCUCAUGGGAGGAUACCCUGAGUGGUCACAACAACAACAACAGUAGCAGCAAUAGUACAGGAGCACCGCAGGACUCUGCCGCCGCUACCUCGCCAGCAGUUACGGGUCCAUUGCACACGUUCAACGCCAGCGUAACGACCGCCCAACUACACAGCGCCUUCAGUCGACGCAUAGCCGAAAAGCAGCGCAGCCACGCUGCCCAUCAGCAGCACCAACAGCUUCAGCAACAACAACAACAGCCGCAACCGACGUCGCAGGACAACUGCGCCACAAUUGCCGGCGGAAGCUUCAGCGCCAACGGUAGCAACGCUGCCGUUGGUGUUAUCCAGCCAGCGGCCGCAACAGUCGGCAGCAGCGUGAUCAACAGCAGUAACGGGGGCGAGCGCGACACUAAGACGCCCGCCUGCUAUCGAAGUCCGCCCGGACAGGCGCCAACCGCCAGCCACUCCGACGAGGAGGCCCUCACCGAGGAGGAGCAGCAGACCAGCAGCAGCGUGAGUUCCCUUAGCGCCAACAACCAACGCAAUUCACAAUUGCGUUCCACCUUCAACAAGGCCAAGCAGCAUUUGUCAUUUGACAAAUGGCGCACGGCCGGAACAACCGCUCAGCACCAACAACACCAGCAGCAGCCGCCACAGUCGCAGCAAUCGCCUGGCUACGCUACUGAGCAACAAACCAGCAACGCAAAUACCAAUUUGAACAGCAACAGCUCCAACAACAGCAACAAUAUGAUCAUGCGACGUGCCAGUGCCUGCACGAUGCCGACAUCGGGGGCAGGAUCGCAGCGCGAAGACAUCACCACCCCCGGAGAAUCCCCUGGCGGACGUCUGUCCCGUUGGUUUUCCAUCAGACGCGGCUCCUCACAUCAAUACGAUGUGGGCGGACGUCACUCGACAGCCUCUAGCUUUGACAUACCCGAUGCAGCCGCAGUCAGUGCUGCUGCCACCGCCGUCGCUGGCACGGUCCCGAAAGCUGAUGCCACCGCAUCGCCACAGAAGCUGGCCAAUCUGGGGGCCAGUAAAAUGAUGCCCGGUGUGCCGGAGUACGAAGAUGACGAUGCUCCGAGCAAUGCUCGCAUCGAUUUGGAUCUGAUAAUACCACCGGGUAGUCGGGCCAAUGGCACCGCACGCUCAGCCCAUAAUCGUCUAGUGGUGCCGAUGCUGCUGCCAGCCCCGCCGGGCCUCUCACAGCAGCAGCUCAAGCGGCGACAUAUUGUGGCCGCCAUUGUCCACAGCGAGAACUCAUAUGUGGCCACACUGCAACGUCUAGUCAAUGAUUACAAGAAACCACUCGAGGAGUGCAGCCCACCAGUCCUGAAUCCUGUAAAAAUUGCCACACUGUUCCAUUGCCUGCCCGACAUUCUACACUCGCACAAGCUCUUUCGCAUCGCUCUCGCCGAGUGCGUGCGCAAUUGGGAUCGUGAUGAGAAGAUUGGCGACUGCUUUGUCGGUGCGUUUGGCAAGCCGCAGUUACUUGAGAUCUACUCCGGGUUCAUCAACAACUUCUCGGCCGCUAUGGAGCUUGCCAAAAUGGAGGAGAAACGCAAAUCGGCGCUGGCCGAUUUCUUCAAGGUCAAGCAGAUCAGUGCCCACGAUCGGCUCUCCUUCUUCGGCUUAAUGGUGAAGCCGGUUCAGCGUUUCCCACAGUUCAUACUCUUUCUACAGGAUCUGCUCAAAUAUACACCGCAAGGCCAUCACGAUCGUAUGUCUCUGCAGUUGGCGCUCUCGCAGCUGGAGCUGCUGGCCGAGCUGCUCAAUGAGAGCAAGCGCGAGGCGGAACAGUAUCAAGCCUUCAAGGAGAUGCUCGGCCAUAUUAGUGGCACCUUCAAUACCCGAUCGCUAAAUAGCGAUGGCAACAGGCCGCGCUAUCUGCUCCGUGAGGACAACGUUACACACAUGGAAUUCAACCAGGCGGGUUUCAUUGUCAAGUCCAAGCAGCGGCGUCUGCUGCUGCUCAACGAUAAAGUCAUUUGUGUGUCUGUGGCCCCAAAACAAUCCCAUGACUUUGGCGCCACCGAGAAGCUCACAUUCAAGUGGAUGUUCCCCGUCAACGAUGUCGAAAUAGUCGACAACAGCACAUCGGCCACACUCUCCAGAAUACUGACAGCAGGUCUGAAUCGUGGUGGCAGUCUCAAGUCUAAUGGUAGUUCAGGAAACGCCAGCGGCUACGCCAACAGCACUUUGCCUCUGGUUCAUGGUCACUCAGCGUCUGGCUAUGGAUUCAGUAGCACCAUCGACUCACCGGCGGCUCAGCUGACAAAUGGGGCCGACAAUUUGUGCAAUGAGAUGAGCACUCUGAUGCACGACUACGAACUUAUCUCGCGAAUCCACGACAUGGUGGGCAACCUGAAGGGCACCUAUAAGGAGCUUAGUCUCAAUACGACACGCAACGUGCUGAACACUAUUCAGGGAUCCAUACAGCGCAAGGACGAGGAGAUGGCCUGGGUGGACUCGUGUGUACUGCAGUUGGUCGCUCGUCACAAGUCCGGAAAGGAGGAGACCUUCACAUUCCAAACCCAAACGCCGAGUGUGAAGAAGGAAUGGAUCACAGAGCUACGGCUGGCCCAGUUGGCACUCGACCCGAACAACUCUCCCGCCUGGGAGAAGUCCUCAUCGGCCAUGCAGACUCCGUCGUCGUACUCCCACCCAGCGCCGCAGCACACCCACGAACAGCAGCAGCUCCGGGAGGCAGUGCAGCAAAAGCAGUCACGCAAAAUGCCCCUCUUUGUCAAGGCGAUGCCCGUCUAUAGGUCACAGCAUCAAACCGAGGUGCGCUGUGGUUGUUAUUAUAGCAUCGCCAACGACACCAAACAGACUGGCAACGCGAGACGGCGACACAAGCAGCAGAACUAUUUGUGGGUGUGCAGCAGUGAUGGGACAUCAUCGCACAUCAGCAUUCUGGCGCAGCACCCGCAACAGGCGGGUAACCUGCGGGAGGCGGGUGCUUUUGAUCUAUUCGAGAUGCAAGUGACGGCACUGGAGUUUGUGAAGGGGCUGGAUCAGUGUAAGACGCGCGAGGAGCAUAGCAGUCUGCUGGGCGAUCUCGUCUGGCUGGGCACGGACAGUCGCAAACUGUUCGUCUAUUCGGCGCGCAAUCCAGAGCAAGAAGAGCAACUGGGCUGCUACACGGUGCCGGGCGCCGUGACACGCAUCCUCUAUCACUUCGAUGCCGUCUAUGUCGCCCUCAAUAAUGCCACGCUGCUCAUCUACAGGCGGUCCUACGAUGGGGUCUGGUUGUUACGCGAUCCCCCUCAAGUGGUGACACUUGGCUCGGACUCACAACUGCCGGUGCCCAGUCUGCUGCCCAUCAAUAUGAACAUCUAUGCCGCCUGCGGCAAUCGCGUUUAUGUGCUGAACGCACUCAACGGGGAGAUCCAGAAGAGCUUUGAGGUGCAGCACGGGGCCAGUCAGCAGGUGAAUCUGAUGGCCCAUUCGGGUAUCGGCCUUUGGAUCUCUCUGAAGAACUCCACCAUGCUGUGCUUGUAUCACACAGAGAGCUUCAAGCAUCUGCAGGACAUUAACAUUGCGUCCAGCGUGCUGCGCAACGAUGGCAAGAAGGAGCAGCCCCUGAACAACAGCUCCAUCUAUGUGACGGCACUGCUCGCCUGCAAGGGCCUCCUCUGGGUGGGCACCAAUGUGGGAAUUGCGGUGACCAUACCGCUGCCGCGACUUGAAGGUGUGCCCAUUAUUAGCGGUGGCAUCAACAUGUCCUGUCACGCCCACUUCGGACCCAUCACCUUCCUAUUGCCGCUCAUUCCCAAAGUGUAUCCGGCCUACAAGCCCCCCACUGGGGCACCCCCUACUGUGCCCACUCCCAUUGUGCCCAGCAUGGGCGAUGAUUUGCAGCUGCCCGCCAUCGAUGCAGACCCCAAAAAGCUCAGCGAAUCGGAUCUGGAUGAGAGCACAGUGAUCUUGCGACGCGAUUUGCCCAAAGACGAUGCCCACGACUCGGCCGCGAGCUCGCCCCGCAGCUCCAAGCUGGACAAACAACACUCGCUGGACCAGAGCUUCACCGCCAAGAUACGCGCCUCGCUCGCCAAUUCGCCCGCCUUUCCGCGCAAGCGUUUCCGUGAGCUGACCGGUGACGCGGCCUCCCGUAUGUCGAAGACCCUGCCCCGGGGGCUUGGAUCGACGGCCACAGGAUCUGGCCUACACUCCAAUACGAGCACAUUGUCGCAACACGGAGCGGAGCAUGGCUAUUGCGAUGUCUAUGGCCUGUAUGGCAAGCUAAUCUUUGUGAAGGAGGACUACGAUGCCGAGGAGGGUGCCCAGGGAAAUUUAAUGGAUAUGAUGUACGAAGGCAUACGACGCUCGGAUCCCGAACUAGCUGCCAUACCCGGGAAGGUGUGCACUCUGGACCGGCGCUUGCGCAUGAAGGCCUCGCGACCGCGAUCUCUAGACCUCUCCAACUGGUCGGUGGACUCCAAGUCCUCCAGUCUGUACACCUCCUCGGGCAGCGAGGAGAGCAUGGGCAUCCGACUGUUCGGCGGGCGCUCUGUCUCCCGCAACAGCAGCAGUGCCAGCCACAAGACCUCAGGCACAGGCAGCGAUCUCGGCAACAUCUCUGAGAACGGCCUCAUGACCACAGCGGACAUCCACCAACAACAACAGCAGCACAGCACACCCAAGUCUGAGGAUUGCUUCAAGCUACUACACGCCGCUCAUGCCGCGGAUCCACCACCCGCCGCCGCUGUAGCCACACUGAAGCGCAAACAGAAGCAGAACUCAAAGCAACAGCAGCAGGCAAAUGCCGACGGACCACGUACAGUGAUCACCCUGAUGGGGGGACGCGGCUAUUGGCGCCAUGUGUGGUACAACAGCAACGCCAGCUCGCCAGGCCACAAGAAUGCCGGACAGUCCGGUGGAGGAGGCAGCGCCAGCAGCGGUGCUGUUGGUGGGGGCGGUAGCGGCAGCAGCUGCUCUUCACCCCUGACUGCGAACUCCAACGACGCCCAUAUAGUGGUCUGGGAGAAGAAAUUAUAA